UAAAAAAAGUGAACUGACAUUUUCAAAAUGAGUGUUUCUCGUUUUUCUAGUUUUAGCCGUAUUGGCCCUAUUUUUCCAAUUCCAAUAAUGUGAGAAGUUGUUCAGACAACAUGAGUCAAAGUUUACACUAAUUUAAAACCGGCGUGUGGAUUUUUGCACUUAAAAAAUAAUAAGUUGUCAGAAUCAAGUGACAACAAUUUUGCGUCAAACGCAACCCAACAAUAAAAUGGAUUUCAAUAAUCUCUUGCGAUUAUUUAGAAAUACAGUCACCGGAAUUUUGGACUCGGAACACCAAAUUGAACAAGAACACGUGAAAGAAGCGUCGAGUAUUUUAAACAAGUUUGCGAGAUUACGGCUGAAUGAUCAUGAAAUAAAGUUGUUUCUUGAUGAUGUUCUUCGAUAUUUUGUUCUGUUGAACCACUAUAUGGCGCAGUUUGAGGAAAUCAACGCUUCUCAACAGUGUACUGUAAGAUUGGGGCUCGGAGUGUUUCUGUUCGUGUUGGAUAGUAUGCACAUUUACGGGAAAAUUAUUAGAAAAUUUCAAAAAAUUAUUGACGUAAUUACGGAAAAUAACCCGCGCAGCUUUAACAUAAAAGAGUUUUUAAGGAUUUAUUCACACUUAAUUGAUAAAAACCCAGUUGAAGUUUUGAGCAAUUUAGCAAAUAAGCAAAAAUCACUGCCUCUUUGGUAUAAAAUUAUUAAAACCACUGGUGAUAUUGAAACUCAAGCAAUAAUAAUUGAAGUAGUUCUUAAGCUUUUUAAGUCCAAUAAAUGUACAAACGUGGACGACAACUUCCUCGAAAUUAUACAAGCCGUGGACAUUUCGUCCCUAGAUAAGUCAAACAUGUACCAAAGCAUUCGCAUGAUCCUCGAUCAACUAAACGAAUAUUCAAAAAACAUUUUUUCCAUAAACUGUAGUGCAAUAAAGCUGGAUUCGCACCGCGUCGUGGAGUUCGAUGGCGGAGUUGACGAUAUUUGGUUAGAUUUUAAUUUAUUGGAGAACCGGUUGUCGUUCUUUUGCGACUACAAUUUCGUGGCGUCUAAAAUGAAAAUGUUCCCGACGUCAGCGACGUGGGAAGUGUUAUCAUUCCACGCCAGAGACGUCGCAAAUUUAUAUUUUAAUUACGACAGCGUCACCGAAAAUCUCAACAUGUCUUUUACGAUCAGCGCUCCUAAUAUUAAUUUGUUAGUUCGUUCCAACGGGGUAGCGGUUCACAAGAUUGAAAUUGUGGUGUCUAGGAGUUCGGAUCGUUUUUAUGACUUGGUGGAACAUUUACCGAAUGUGUUUCCUGGAGGGUUUUCGGCCGAAGCGCUGGGUAUUCCCUCCAAAAAGGAAUUGGACUCGUCAAGGACGCCUGAUAUUUCGCUGGUGGACAGUGAUGGUUCUAGUCCCAUUAUUGAGCAUUUUGAAAUGCGGGAAAAAAUUUCGGCUGUAGAUGCGAAUGCGGUGUUUGUUGAGUUGUCAGACGACGGUGAGGGUUCUGUGAUAGUAAUUUCAGACGAUGACGGCAAUCCACCCAUGAAAAGAAUGACUAAAACUGUUAAGGUAUUUAAUGGUAGCUUGAAGUCUAGUAACAAACCGCGGCGGAUUUCUAUGAUGCCAAGUACUUUUUCAAAAGACACUACACGUUACACAGCAGAUAAAUUAGGAGUUAUUGAGAUGAAAACAAGAAAAACUGCAUGCUCACAGCACAAUAACAAGUCGAAUAUAUUCGAUAAAUCCGUGAGCCCUCUGUCUUUUGCAGGAUCGUUCUUUGAAAGACGCAGCAGGCCACAGUCACGAAAUUCAGAAAUUAUCGAAAACAAUUUUUCAAAGGCAAUGAAAAUUUCAACCACAAAAAUAGUGGAAAAAAAGGAAAAAAUAUCGACAGUAAAAGACAAAUCCGUAAUGAAGAUAUCUUCAAGUUUGACGUCAACCAUUAUAAAACCAUACAAGGAACCUGAGGUUAAAGAAAACGAGAAACAUGUAGCAGGAAACUUAGAAAUCGAGGAGAAAAUGAUGGAAGCAACUUACGCGGAGAUGGAUUUAAACGCUUCUAUAUCCAAAGUUGAACACUGGUUGAAAAGUGUGGAGGUGGAGGUACCACUUCCGGUGGAUGACGUAGAACAUGUACCCGCAAAAAUACCCGAAAGCGAAGAUCUCGUACCUUCGAUUGGCGACAGAACGCCCCCGAACCUCUCACAAAAUGAAGAUCUACCUGACGUUUUACCCCCGGUUAGCGAGAAAAGCUCUAGCGGGCCUCCAAAACUGUCACUAAAUGGAGAUGUACGAGGUCUACCAGACUUGCUACCUUCGGUCAGCGAAAGAGGUUCGAGUGUACCAAUUGAGGAAAAAAUUGAGCGGAUGAUGGGUCAAGGGGAAAAUUUGAAUCCUAGUCAAGAUAAAAGCAAAGUUGAUGGUGCUGCCUGCGAAAAUACGGUUGAAGGUUUACUGAGUAUCUUGUGCAGCCAAGAAAGUAAAAGACGAGAGAAAAGUCAUGAAAGGAGGAAUUCAGUGUCAAAAAGUGUGGCAUCGGUGGAUAGCAAUAUGCCUUUGUCUGAAUUGGCGAAAGAGUUGAGAAGAAAUUGUGAGGCUAAAAACACGGGCGAUCACGGAAUUGAAGUGGAAAAAGAUGAUAGUGGAAAAGUUGCUAGGCAAAGUCCUGCUGUAGACAGUGUAAGUAGUUACGGGGACGUAAAUGACGUCGAUAAAAUAACUAGUGAGGACCUUCCUGUGAUUAAUAAUAUAGAGAAUAAGGAACUAAUCAGUAAAAACCGUGUCACUGAUGUAGUUAACACGGAAAAAAUAAGUGAUAUAGCUGCUCAUGAAAGGAAGAUAGACCAAACUCCAGAUGUAGUUGAACGAGACAUUCCACUCAAUAAUAGUUUAAAUAUUACCACAGAUCAAGUUUCCGCUCAAUCUAAAGCCAAACCCACACGUAAACUAUACAAUCCAGAAGACUUGUCGUACUUGAACUUGAGCUUGACCGAGUACUUGCAAUCAAAAGAUAGUCUUAACGUCACCCAAAAUGUCAUCCACAUACCCUCAACACCCUCCAGAUCGAAACCGACAAAACCUAAAACUAAAAAGCAGAAAGAAAACAGGCAAGAACAAACUACAGGAAGAAAACCGGUAUUAAAAAUAAUAAAAACCGGAGCUAUUAAAAAGCCGCAAUCUCAACUAAUGAUGAAGUCGUUGAAUACUCUGAAAGAAACAGUUCGUCAACAGAAAAAGCGGCUUAAAGGUAACCAAAAACCAAAACGUAUCAUGCCGUCGUCUUCUAGUUCUUCGUCUAUGGAACCUUUUGGUGUGGCCCUGAGCAACUUGCGAAAGGGAAAGCUAAAACCAUUGACGGUUGCGAAACGUCCAAGAGAAGAAAACCCGACUGAAGUACAAGAAAUCCAAGGUAACAAGAUACGUAUUAUUUCGGAUGUGGUGAUACAGCCAGCGGCCGUGCAUCCAGAGGUCGAAAAGCAUUCAUCAGAGAAGUGUUGCUGUGCACAGUUGGUUCGAAUGACCAGCGAAUUUUAUUUGCAGUUCAUAACACAUGUGAGCAAAACGAAUCCGAGUUUACUGUCAGGCGAUACUCAUAGUUGUAUUGUCGAAAUUUUGCGAGGUUCGGUAAAAUCUUAGUACUUUGUGAUUAUAUUAUAUAGUUUUUUAUACAA